GUGGUUCGAGCCGAUGCGAUAUUUCGUUUGUUGACUGGGGCGAAUCCUAUUCGCACUCGUCUUCUCCUGCUUCAAGGCAUUCGCGCAUCUGGGCAGACUCCGGCAGUCUCCGGCUCCGCUCUUGGCAGUCAGAUCAAGCGCACGAGCCUUAACGGCGCCGGUUCUUCAGUUGCCUCCGUCACUCAAGUAAGAGACUGCGCAUCUAGCUCCAACUUCAAUUCCAGUCCAAUCACCUUACAACCAAUUGGUCUGGGUUUAAAUUUGUCCGGUUUGGGAGUUUGUCAAGCCGCCUACCUGGCUGCCAGUCUUAAGGGUCAUACCCUUCAGGUUCAUACAGACCGAAGACAAAUAUACCCAUCCCUGGAAGAUCCAUUUACUACGACGGUAUUGCGGCGCAAACAUGGAUUGAUCGACGAUGUGAAGCCGCCGCUACAUGCGAUUUCCGGAAUGAAUGAAGCAAACAUUAAGCCAGGCAACGAUGCGAAGAUGCCCAAACAGCAGAAUCAGGUGACUCAGGCUGGAGAGUCCGGAGAAUCAGCCUAUUUGAUGGAAGCCGAAGAUUUCAAGGGCCACCUUCGCCGGUCUCGAGGUCCGUCAACUGCGCACAUUCCAUUGUAUUGA